AUGGACCCGCUGGGCAACCUCCAGUUCACGACCUCUGGCGCGCUCAUCGAGCUGGUCGACAAGAAGGUCAUGGUGCAUCUGCGGGACGACCGAAAGUUGGUGGGCGUGCUGAGGAGCUACGAUCAGUACGCCAACCUCGUCUUGACGCAAACAAUCGAGCGACUGUUUCACCCGCCUUCCAAAUCUUACGCGCAGACGGACCGAGGGGUCUUUCUGGUCAGGGGCGAGAACGUGGUGUUGCUGGGUGAGGUGGAUCUCGACACGGAAGACGCACCGCUCUCACGCCUCACCCUCCUCCCCUGGUCCUCUCUCUCCGCCCUCCUCGCAUCCGAAAAGAAGCACAAGCACCUCGAGAAACAAAAGCGCGAGGGAGUGUUGUUCGCGAAGUGUGGGUUUGGGGAGGAGGGUGGGGAGGGGGAUGCUUAUUGA